AUGGCAGGCCCUAAGGGAAAGAAGCAGCAAAAGCGCGGUGUCGACUUCAAAAAAAUAAAGCGAAAGAUUGGUAAAAAAUUGCCACCAGCAAAGAAUGCUACAAAUACUGAAAUUAAAUCCAAAGCAAUUAUUCUUCCCGAGCAGAGUGUGGCAUCAGAGAAGGCAGGAUUAGCAGUGAAUAAGAGAGGUUUAACAUUGAAAGAACUUCUUCAGCAAACAUCCCAUUACAGCUCAAAAGUUCGUAAAGAGGCAUUGUUGGGUAUUAAGGAUUUAUUUGAAAAGUAUCCAGAAGAGUUGAGGCUGCACAAGUAUGCUGUUAUUGAAAAGCUGCGUGAACGCAUUGGCGAUGAUGAUAGAGUAACUCAAAAAACACACUACAUGAACUUUUUAACAGGUGAAAACUUGGUUCUGCAUUAA